UUAAUGUUCACAUAACCCCAUUAGAACAUGGUGUUUGGUGCUGGUGAUUACGUAGUAUUUGGUCUGGUGCUGCUCGUGCCCGCAGGAAUUGGAAUUUUCCAUGCAUUUUCCGGAAACAAGCAAAACACAACGGGGGAAUUUCUCAUGGGUGGAAGACAAAUGAAGACUGUGCCCCUCGCCAUUUCCAUCCUAGUGUCCUUCAUGUCCGCCAUCUUGAUUCUGGGAACUCCAGCCGAGAUGUACCGAGAAGGGACGCAGUACUACCUGUACACGUUCGGCUUAACUGUAGCCAUUGUUGUGUCUACAUUGUUGUACGUUCCCCUUCUCUAUCCACUGAAGUAUACAAGCUCAUUUGAGUAUCUCGAGAAACGGUUCAACUCCCGCGCUGCCAGGCUGACAGGGACCAGCAUGAUGAUUGUCAGUCAAGUGAUCUAUAUGGGCCUGGUGUCACUUGCUCCAUCGACGGCUCUAGAAGCAG